UGUUGAUGUGCGCGUGCCCUAGCGUCCGCAGCUGUAUCCCCUCUAGACUUUGAUUCGACUGAAGAAAGACAGAAAACCUCCUGCUGAUGUGACUGAGCAAAUAUAAAGAUGGCAUUUAUUAAAGAGGAGAGUGAAGACAUGAAGACUGAAGAAACAUUCCAGACUCGAGUCAAACAGGAAGAUCCUGAGGAGCAAACAGAUCUGAUACCUUGGAAAGAGGAGAUUCAAAAACCGAAUGAAUUCAAGCAAGAGAGAUAUCUGGAUGAAGAACAUUUGAUGUCUGGUGAAGAAUUGUUUAGUUCACAGUCUAAAAACGCCCCACAGAAAGGAGAGCAUCAUACAGUAAAUGCAAGACAUUUCACCUGCCAACAGUGUGGAAAAAGUUUCUCUACAAAACAAAAACUUGGAGUUCACAUGAAAGUUCACACUGAAGAGAAAUCGUUCACCUGCCAAGAGUGUGGAAAAGGCUUUAAUCGGACAGGCAAGCUCAAAAACCACAUGAGAGUUCACACCGGAGAGAAACCAUACACUUGCCCUCAGUGUGGAAAAGCUUUUAAACAUAAACUAACACUCAAUGACCACAUGAAGGUUCACACUGGAGAGAAACCCUUUGCCUGCCAAGAGUGUGGAAAAAGCUUUAUUAAGAAAGACCACCUUAACAGCCACAUGAGAAUCCAUACGGGUGAGAGACCUUAUAUUUGCUCUCAUUGUGGAAAGUGUUUUAAACAUAAACCAUCAAUAAAUGUCCACUUGAGAAUUCACACUGGAGAGAAUCCACAUGCAUGCAAUCAGUGUGGAAAGAGCUUCAGGCGUAAAGAAGAACUUGAGCGGCACAGGAGGGUUCAUUCAAAAGAGAACCGUUUUAUAUGUCGUCAUUGUGAGAUGAGUUUCCCAGACAGCAGUCAGCUUAAAGAUCAUGUAAGAACUCACAUUGGGCAGAAGCCCUACAUGUGCCUUGAGUGUGGAAGAUCUUGCUCAACGAAAACAAACCUCACAGUUCACAUGAAGGUUCACACUGGAGGGAAGAUCUUUACAUGUGGUCAGUGUGGAGAAAGCUUUGGACGCAAGACAAGCCUUAAACGCCACACGAGGGUUCACUCAACAGAAAGCUGUUUUAUAUGCCAUCAGUGUGGCAUGAGUUUCCCAGACAGCAUUCAGCUUAAAGAUCAUGUAAAAACUCACAUCGGACAGAAACCUUUUAUGUGUCAUGAAUGUGGAAGGUCUUGCUCAACAAAAACAAACCUCAAGGUUCACAUGAGGAGUCACUCUGGAGAGAAGACUUCACCUGCCGACAGUGUGGAAAGAGUUGUAGUGAAAAUAGAAGGUUUAGAAAAGGAGUCACACUGAAAAAACCUUACAUGUGUCAUCUGUGUGAAGAGUUUCGCAUUAGACUCCACCAAUAUUGGGAUAAACUUGGUUUUGACCAUAUUUGGAAAGGUCGUGAAUAUCAAUGAGCUCUGCUUUGAUGCUCUGCAACUCUUCAGUGCCUUCUGUGUCUCCAAUGGCCUGUUUUUCACUGAGCGGUACAAUUUCGUACAGUAUGGUACACAUCUAUGUCUGUUUCCACUGUCAAAGGUACCAAAACAAAGAUAAUUUUCAAAAAAGAUAUUUGCACCUUUUUGCUAAGGGUACUAAACACAACCGAAUGAUACCAAAGUGGUGGAGCUAGACUUGCAGCUUAACACUAUUGGUUUACACAAAAUUGUCACCAGGGUGUGCAACCAGGAAGUGGCAUUUUUAAAUACACAGCCUGACACAGUAAUAACCACAGAGGCUGGGUAUGUUACACACAUGCACACUUCUUUAUUCCUCAAUUAAUUAAUUAGUAGGGACAGUAGUAGUGAAUAAAAGGACUUAAGUGUCAACGAAACUUUGGCACGGUGAGGUGCAUGCUGGAGGGUUUACCCAAAACAUGUAAUUAUUUCCUUUUCAAUGAUUGACGGAAACUGUUUGGCACGAGCUACAUUUGGGCUGGUGCGCUUGUGGCUGCAGCUGAAGUGAUUGGCACUGUGGCUUUAGUGAUCACCUCUGAAAUCAGCUGCAACUCUAAGGAGUUUUUGGGUGAAAGGGGGCAUUUCACCUGGCAAGUCAAAGGCAAUCUUUCAGGCUGUAUCAGCAAUGACCACUGAUGAGUGGUGUUCACAUCGGUAACAGAAAUAGUUGUAUGAAAACUGCCUGAGAGCACUAAAGUGGUAGAAUGCUUUUCUCAAGGAGCCGUGUGCCGUAGUAGUCCCAGAAUGAGAGGGCACAACAUGCUACCAACAGAAAUGUGAUUCUGCAAAGAAAACAGAAUGUGCCUAUAAACAUAUAUAUUGUUUAUUUUUUUAUGUAAAACAGUUAGUAUGCAUACUUACCGAAAGGCUAUUUGUGAGAAGAGAAAGUGGGAUGGAAAGAGAGACCUUGUUGUUGUAAUUAUGGAAUCCUGAAUUGUAGUCCUGAAAGCAAAUUACAUUUCUGCAGACUGGGCAUGCAUUGGCAUAAACAGGAAUACCUAGACGAAAACAUAUCAAAACAAAUUUAUUGUCAUACAAAAAAUACAUAGAUAUUGUAUACUGUAUAUACAACAUAGAUAUAUUUAAUAAUGAAGAAAUCCUAAAAAUCCCAUAAACUGUUGCUUGUGUUGCAACAACAGAAACAUUGCUAAGGUCAGGAGGACAUUGCCCUGGGCAGUAUGGACAGGUUGUUUCUGUUGGCACAAUGAUUUCUGGUAUGGACUUUCCUGAUUUUGGUUACUUCAAGUGGACGGUCUUCUGGUAUUCUUUGGCAAUUCUACAAGUAAUUAGUUAUUGUGAUCACACUACUAUGUGAACAGCCUAAGUGCUCAUCCAUACUGACAUUUCCAUUGAUGCACUACUCAAUAUCCCCUGGUGCAGUUUUGGUCAAAUAAGGAUGCUCCUGAAAGAGCCACCACAUAGACAUAUAUAUGUUGACAUAACUGACUCUGUUCUUUAAACCAAUGCACUUGCAGGACCAUGUACCCAAUUUUGUGUCAAAUGUGGAAACUGUCCUUCCAAGCUUUAUCCAGGUGUCCUCCCCAAUGUACACAGAGGACUAUCCAUAUCUCUGUGACAGAUUGUGUUUCCAAAGAAACACUGCCCACUUCAUGUGAACAAGCAUGUUGGUUUUCAUACAUUUCUCUUGCCUGGACUUAGAGAUGAGUCCUUCUUCAACCAUCUCCUUUACUGGUUUCUUUUUUAAGUGCUGCUGGUGGAAUAUAUGCACUUGCUUGCUUUGUCCACUUUAAGUGGUGGCAUUCUUUACCUGGGUUUCCACUUUCAGCAGCUAUGGCCAUAAAGUCUCUGCAUUCUUCCACUUCACAAAUCACACAGCUGUGAGGUUAAUGUCUUUUGUACAUGAAUUGGCUAUCUGAUACCAUGGGAAUGCUUUAUUUCUAUUUUUGGGGGGUCAAUGCACAGCAUUGGAUCUUUCCCGGCAUGCUGCUCCAUUUUAUGUCGGUUCAGGUUUGAGUUUGUGCUAAAUGUCAUUCAUCCGUUCAUAUAUUUCUGCGUUUCUGGGGGCGGGUCGCAGAGGCAGCAGUCUCAGGAGAGAACCCCAGAACUUCCCUCCCCCCAAAUACUUCUUCUGGGAGAAUUCUGAGGAGUUCCCAUGCCAGCUGAGAGACAGACCCUCUAGCAUGUCCUGGGUCUUUCCAGAGGCCUCCUUCUGAUGGGACAUGCCUGGAACACUUCCCUAAGUAGGCGUCCAGGAUGGCUGAGCCACCUCAGCUAGCUUUCUCCCUAUGUGCUAAAUGUGAUACCACAUAUGCUAUAUGGGGAAUCUGCAGACUUGGAUCCAGGCAGUUUUACGGCCCUGUUGUUUUUGAUGUGUCCAGUAGGGGGAUGACAUGCUUCAACACUAUUAAAUAUCCUAUUCACAGAUAUAGUUUUUAACACUAAGUUAAUGUAUCAGAAAGUAAGCUUAAAUAUACACACCUGAUACACUCGCCAUAUUAUUUCAGAUAUACAAAAGCCCAACUGCAGAUUCAUUUAAUUAGAAAAAAUUUUGAGAGAGUGCAUAAAUGUAUGAGUGGUACUUGUGCAAGAGGGGCAGUGAAGUGCGCACGAUCAGAAAGAACUGAAGUUUGUGCCAAGACUGGCCCUUAUAAGUGGCAGCUCCCAUAUGGUCUAGUGGUCAGGAUUCCUGGUUUUCACCCAGACCUGGGUUCGACUCACGAUAUUGGAAGGCUUGAGCAUUUUUGCUUCUGCCCUUUUUGGCCAGCAGUCGGACUGCAGCAACCUUAAGGGGGUGGGCUUUGGGGUUGUGUGCAUGGGCUUUUCAGAACUGUGGACAAGUAAAAGAAAACUGAUUCAAUUUGCUCAUCACCUUCAAUGUACAGUGGCACAGGCUUUUUAUCGACAGAAUGUUUAGAAUAAGUGGCAAGCCACUUUCAUUUCUUUUGCCCUCUGAUGAUGGACUGUGUAGACCAGGGGUGCCCAGACUCGGUCCUGGAGGGCCAUUGUUCUGCAUAGUUUAGUUCUAACUUCCUUCGACAGACCUGCUUGGAAGUUUCUAGUACACCUAGAAAGAGCUUGAUUAGCUGGUUCAGGUGUGUCUAAUUGGGGUUGGAACUAAACUUUGCAGGACACCGACCCUCCAGGUCCGAGUUUGACCACCCCUGGUGUAGACAAAAUAGAUGCUUGAUGCAUGUACUUGAAUGUGAUACCUGUUCCUUUUGGUGCCACAUUGUUGUCCACCAGUGCCUGGUUUGAAGACGUCUGGUCACUCAUGGCAUCAUGUUGUGGCAAGUCACUGGUUAGACCAGGAAGAGCCCAGCAAAGUGGCUGAAGUGUCCCUUUACAGAGGGACCUUGCCUCCUUGGUCCAGUGGGCAAACCUUUUUCCAUGCCUUUUAGAAAGAAAGAGAAACAAAAUCAUAUUUGUUGGCCACCAAUAUGGCAAGUAAGUAAUGUUUGUAAGUAUUGCCAUGUUGGACUUUUAAGGUAAAACAAUGACAUGGCAUGAGCGAUUACUUAUGGCUAUGCAGAUGGAUUGCUUAAGUUAGGGGUGUCCAAACUUGGUCCUUGAGGGCCGGCGUCUUGCAGAUUUUAGCUCCAACUUGCUUCAACGUACCUGCAAGGAUGUUUCUAGAAUGGCUAGUAAGAGCUUGAUUAGCUAGCCCAGGUGUGUCUGAUUGGGGUUGGAACUAAACUUUGCAAGACACCGGCCCUCCAGGACCGAGUCUGGACAUGCCUGGCUUAAGUUCUCAGUUUAGUCAUUAAUUUUUGUUAGUGACAAACUUCAAGAGUGAAAUGUCACACUGAGAUGUGCAGAACAUUCACAGUUUACAUUCCCAUCUAUCUAGGGUUACCACUUUUACAAAAAAAUAAGGGACGUAUACUGCAGCGGGGGACUAGACCACAGUGAUCACAGGCCCAAUAGCAUGCCAGUGGUGGUAAAUCACAACUUAAAAUAUGUUUUCAGGAAAGUAUGAACACUUGGACAUUAAAAUAAACUGUCUUCUAUUGAAAUCUGUGUAAACAGAUGCAGUCAGUGCCUCUUACUACUAGUUUUUUUCUUUUUGUAAACAGUAUGUUGUUUAUUAAUGUAUUAAAUGUAAUGUUUCAUGUAAUAAAUCAAUGCUUAUGUGCCUGACUUAACCUUAACAAACAAAUCAUUAUAUUGCAUUGGAAUGUGAUCCACUUACGUUGUAUUUACAGAAUUUUUACAAGUUACAAUUUGUGACCCAGUGUGUGAAAACCAGGCCAGAUAUAGAGUUUGAUUUUAGCCAUUCAUUUCACUGUGAUUUCAGUUGUUGACAUGGUUUUUCUCGGUUCAUAUUAAAUACAUAUGUUUUUA